AUGUCCGACCCCCAAAACGGAGGAGGGCCGGUGACCUUCGUGCGCCGCGACGUCUCCGUCAACUCUGUCAAGCUCUCCGAAUUGCUGGAGCAGGAAGCCCAUCAACGCUACCUCGAGCAGGAACUCCGCCGAUACGAACCGGGUGAGAAGCUCACCCUCUAUCCCCGCGACCCGGGCGCGCCUCACGGGCUCCCAGACUACGAGAAGCCACCCGAACAUGACCUCCCCGACGGCUGGAUCCCAUACUUCGACCCCACCACCGAGGUCUCUGUGCAAGAAGAGGCCCAAAUCGAGGUACUUGAGGUCAUCGCCGGCGGCACCAAGCGCGGAGCCCAGCUGCUGCUCUGCAAGGUCCUCAAAGCACCCGCGCCGCCGCCGCCGGAUCUGCCGUGCUACCACAUGUCUUUCGACGUCGGAAUGAAGCUGGUUCUAAAGGUGUUCGAUUCCAUCUUCUUCCCGGAGGUCUGGGACUGGCAUUGGACCCAGCUAGCUGUUCCCAAAGACGUUCGGGUUGACGGCCGUCUCAGCCGCCAGGCAAACGUUUACCAGCACCUGUUCAGCAAAGGAAUAACUGGGCACCCUCACAUCGUCCCGCAGUAUCACGGCAGCUGGGCGAUGAAGUUCGCUGUCGGAGACUCAUCUGAGACGCAAUGGAGAUGCGCUGGGGCCGUCCUCAUCGAGUAUAUCGAGGGCACCUCCAUGGAGGCCUUGUGCGACCGCGACGAAUACGAGCGAAUGGUCCCCGAGACUGGAUUCCUAAGCCUGCCCAGCUCUGCGGAUGGCAGCUUGGGGGUCCCUUUCAACGACUUGACCAACAGACUGAGAGUCUUUAAAGCGUUUCUCGACGGCCUCGUGUCCUUCCUGCACACGGGAUCCCACCUUCAGACCUAUAACCCCCCGGACGUCUUCCUCACGCUGGGAAAUAACGGCGUGGACCUCAACGAGCCCCGCGUCGUCAUCCUCGACUACAGCCAUUGCGUCGUAUGGUCGCAGACAAUUCAGAGCAAGAUUGGCCGCGCAGAUGAGGUCGACACGAAAUUCCCGGCAGUGCCGAGCAGACUGCUUCUCGACAAACACCCGAACGAGCGGCUGCCAAACCCCCCUCAUCCCGCUUGGAUGUUCAACCACAUGACCUUCUCCGAUUUCGCCGGCUGGUUCCCGUCUGAGUGGAUGAAAGACGAGGCGGGGUUUGAGCAGUGGGUCGAAGCCGAAUUUGGAGAGCCUGUGGAAAGGAAGUACUCGACACUCGAGACACUGAAUAACGCCAUGGAUCUCGCAAUUGCUGAUGCGGUGCGGCUGUACGCAUCUGAGAGGGGUAUCCACCCCGACGACGCCUACACGAUAAGGGACAGCUUUGACGACCACCAGCUGGGAGCCUGUUUCGGAGAGCCCGAUCCGAUGCUGCUGCGGGACCCAGAUGCUUUGAGAAUACAUGUGGAACACUUGCAAGAGCUCCAAGAGACAACUCUCACGCAGAUGCGCCGCGAGAAGUCAGUUCUAGAGAAACUUGCCCGGGAAGAGGCCCCUCAGGACGCGAAACCGGUGCAGGCGCCCUAG